CUUAGCGUCCACCGGGAAAGGCAGCCUGAACAGGAUGCCACCAAAAGUGGACCAAUUUGGCUUUGUAGUUCAGACAGACCAGCCAGGAGGCCCUGAAAGUGAAAACAAUACCCCCAACAAUGAACAGAAAUCGCAACAAAGUGAAGAAUAUUCAGCUAGAAACCGGGUUCGUGAAAUGAAAUGGCUCGAUAUGUUUAACCGAUGGGAUUUUUUUAUUAAGAAAAAUCAACGUAAACUUCGAGAUAGAUGUCGGAAGGGAAUUCCUCAGUCAUGUCGAGGGAAAGCUUGGCUAAAGCUCACUAGUGCUUCGAAGCUACAACAGCAUCGUAGCGAUAUAUAUGAUAAAUUGCUGGGUAAGAAUUUAGACAAAAAACUCGCAGAUGAGAUCAAGCGAGAUCUACACAGAACGUUGCCACAGCAUACGAUGUUUCUAAAUAGCACUGGUCAAGGACAGAAGAAGCUUUAUGAGGUUCUGAAAUGCUAUGCUCUGUACAACCCUAGAAUUGGAUAUUGUCAGGUUCUGUCCCCAAUAACCGCAGUUUUGCUUUUGUACAUGGAUUGUGAAGAAGCAUUUUGGGUUCUGGUCAGAAUUUGCGACGUCUAUCUUAUCGGAUAUUUCGACGAAGGCAUGAAGGGUAUCCAGAUAGAUGCUUUAAUAUUCAGAGAGCUCUGUAAAAAGUUCUUACCAAAGCACUACAGUAUUUUAUCUCGUUGUCAAAUCGAUUUCGUUGUGUUAGUUCAAAAGUGGUUUUUCUGUAUAUUUUCGCGGACUUUGCCAUGGCAUAUCUCGCUGCGAGUUUGGGACUGCUUUUUCUUUGAAGGAAAAUGGUGUUUGUUUAGAGUAGGGUUGACUUUAUUAAAGUACUCUUUAAUAGAAUUCAUUCUCAACCCUGCGAGCGCUGAUGAGUUCACAGUUUUGAAAACAAUCCAUCAUUUCAACGUGGAAGCUCUUCACGAAGAAAAAUUUCUACAGAAGUCUCUUGACUUCAAAAUAACGAGUGAAGCAAAGAAAAAGUUAAAUGAGUUAUGCACUCGACAGUUCGAGAAGAAGAAAGCAGAAGAAAUAGCUGCUCGUAGAGCACAGCAAGAAGCGGAUACUAACCGUGGAAGUUUCCUGAAUAAAAUAGGAAGGUACAUGUUUACGAAAAACAAAAACGGAAUCAAUCCAAAUGAACCGGGAUCUUCAAGAGGUCAAGAUGAAAACUACUACUAUGCCACGCAUAAAAGUAGCAAUAGUCAAAGAAAACACAAAUCAGAGCCACUAUCUGACCCCAUACAUCCGGAUAUGGUAAAUGAAAUCUUGAAACCAGAGGAAACAGGCAAUGAAGAGUUCUUGGAAGCCGAAAACACAACCAUGAAUACAUCAGGAUCAAGGUCAAUCGUAGUUGAAGUGAAACCGAAUCACUCUAAUACUGGGUUGUCAGGGUCAAGAAUAGGGCGCAAUCAUUCAGCUUUAAAUGAUAUUGACAAACCUUCGCGGGCGCGUCACUCGCUUACAUUAAACGAGGCAGACAGCACAGAGAACUUCAGGCCGAUAGAAGCGGGCCCAGGAGCGAGUCCCAAAAGUCCUAAGAGGUCUCCUCGCUCAACAAGAAUGCUACCCGACAUUGAGACAAGAUAAUGUUGAGUUAAUAAAACUGGGUGUUGUCAAGCACGUAUCAUGGACAUCCUAUCACUGCAGUAUAAAAACUAAAAACUAGCUAACUACUAAGUUCAAUGGUGCUUCAUCGGCUACCUUCAAUGUCUAAUUAUAAAUCAACUACUGUAUUUUAGAAAAUUAGGUGUUCUUCGGGUUUUCAAUUGUGUUUUUGGUAAUCGAGAUUACAUCGAUAUUUUAAGCCUUCAUCCAAAAACAAAUUAGUGUAUAAGUUUUGCCAUUUGAAAACCCGUUGAAUUUUGACCAUCAUCUGGGGUCUUCCAUUUAUAUCUGCUUAGUUUCCGUUUCAUGUUCACUUUAAUGUCUCUUUCAUACCAAACUUCUUAGUCUCAAUGUCUUAUUUCAUGCAAGCUUUAGCAUGCACAACGCCAGAAAAAUUGAAAUACGUCUAACCUAUAAAAAGUUCAUAAAUUUAUUUUUGUCGUCAA